AUGAGCUUUUGGGACUUAAGAUUAUAUACUCAUAAUGUCAGGAUUUAUGUGGUUGUUGCCAUUUUAAUAUGGUUUCUUUACAUAUAUGUUUUUCCUGCUCCAUUUCUCAAAGAAGAAUGGAUACCUUUAAACAAAUUGCCUGUCUAUGAAAAACUUCCACAGUGUUUUGAUACGACUGAUGGAAUUGAGUGUUUCAGAAGAUAUCGACCAGAGCUUGUGAAGCAAUCUAAAAGGGUAUUAAGUACAGAAUCAUAUACAAAUUUUGAAAGGUAA